CCAGUUUGUCAAAGUGAUAGCGGUAAGCAUUUUGGUACCAAUCUUCCUCUUCUUCAUAUAAAAUAAAAUAUGAGAGAAAAUAAGUCGGAGCAUGCUGCUCAAUGGGCGGCUGACGAAGCACCUCGGCAUUAUUUACCGGAAAAACCCUUGAUGUGUGAUAAAGCAACAGAUACUUCGUUGGAUGAAGAAUCCUUUAAAUUAAUACCAUGUACAUGCCAAACAGGAGAUUCCGAUUCCAAUAUAUCCUGUGCAGAUCAAUCAUUGGAGUAUACGCCAAGAACUAUACUUCGGGAAUGCUUUUGUUUCCAGCAUAGAGGGAAGACCCUCCUCGAUGCCGUUUUCACAGCGAACUUCGAACUCCUGGAGAUCUGUUUGAACCACGAUGUGGAUAUGAAUUCCGCAGACGUGAACGGAGAUACGGCCCUGCACAUGGUCAGCGACAGGGGCGACGUAGACAUGCUGACGUUCCUGCUGAACCUGCAGAACAUAAACGUGAACGCUCAGAACGUACUGGGCUUCACUCCCCUCUCCAUAGCGGUGUUGAAUUCUCACGGCGAUGCUGCCGAGUUGCUCCUGGAACACGGCGCUGACCCUAACAUACCCGAUAACAAGGGCAGGACCCCAAUCUGCUUCAGCGUACACAAAGGCAACGAGAGCAUCACCAGGAUGCUGAUAGCGAACAACGCCGACGUCAACGUAGUGGACGCCUUCGGCAAUACGCCUCUUCAAGAGGCCAUCAUGAACACGUCUAUCCUGACUAUAGUGAAGGUGCUCCUUUCGAAUGGGGCGAAUCCUCUGAUUUCGACUGGGAGGCUGAAUCCUUUUUUGGAGGCCGUACUUGAUUGUACAACGAACGAAAAAUUAGAAAUGAUAAAGAUUUUAGUUGAAUCUGGAGUGGACAUUAAUGUCUUAGAAAACUAUUCUAAUAGAAACUGCCUACAUUUGAAUGCUAUCAACGGAUUCUUACCCUUAGCAGAGUACUUAGUUAACCAGGGUGCAGAUCUGGAACAACUGGACAUCUCUGGAAGAACGCCAUAUGAUGUUGCUGCCAAACACGAAAACGAGGAAGUGGCAGAUUUUUUCCUGAAGGCUAUGUGUUUGAGGCGCGUCUUUUUCAAGGAAAGAUUGAAACACAUAUCAAGAAGUUUGAGGAGACUUACCAUGUCAGCUAUGUUUGUUAGUAGCAUGGAUCUUAUGCGCAAAAAAAAGAGUUAGGUAUUAUUUUUGUAGGUGUUUUGUAGGUGUACUGUGACCCAAAUCAAGUAAAAUAAGUAGUGAUGUUUAUAUGUUCUUAUUUUCUUUGAUGAGUAAUAAAAAAGUUUUGAAGCAUUUCAGAUAU